UGUGCUCAGCCAGCGUCUCCACCGAUACUUGCAUCCAGUCAGAGCGAGGUCUCUCCAAACAGCUCUCAGGCUGCAGCAAAGCUCAGCAUACCACAGGCAGAAGCGUCGCAUGUACAACGAUUGCCAGAUGAUAUGCUACAUCAGCCUUUUGGCCCCGAUCCACGCCAAGUCUUCAGGGAAUCUCCAUGGGUCUCGCCUCAGAGCAGUCGAAUUUCUUUCGCGCCCCCCACUCCACAUUCAGCACCACGCUACGUGCCGAGUGCCAUACCAGGUGAUGCUACUACCAUUCCACCCCAGACCAAUAUCCUUCCAGAUCAACCCUCCUACCAAACGCAACCUACACAGCUUUUAAGUCACCCGGUAUUUCCUCAACAUUCGCAAACACCAGAGACCACUACUGUGGAUGAAGACGAAGCCGUAUUCACGACAGCAAGCUCGAUCCGGAAACUCGAUCAACAGGAGCUCCACAACAUCUGCGAGCAACUGUUUGCACAUCGCAAAUCUGGUUUGAGUAAACCGGAGCCCAGUGGCCAACCAGAAGUUUGGGCUGAUGGACGACAAGAACUGUGCGAGACAUUGCACUACUUCCGCAGCUACCAGAGUGCUUGCUACAGUACUGGCGGCUUUGUGCGGGCCUUCAUGUUCGACAAAGUCGCCCACCCUCGAGACUACCUGGAUAGCAAUGUUGUCAUCGCGCGAGCUGGUGGUGGAUUGGUCAAGGAUAAGGAUUCGGGCGAGAUGAAAGCAGGGAAAGAUCAAGUCGAGGACUCGGUUGUGCAGGGACUCAGGAACUGCAUGAAUCACUACAAUCCAGUGGUCAUCAUCACUGGCGUCGAUAACCCGUAUAUCCCGUCACAACCGCCGCACCAGUAUUGCGUUCUCGACUACUUCAAACCCACACAUAUCUGGGCCGAGAAGAGCGGCAAGAGCAAGAUCUUGCGAUAUCGAUUUGAGAAACUAAAUACGAAGAAAGACUCUUGGUGGAGAGCAAAGGACGUAGAAGAUCCCGUCGAACUCGGCGCUCUCCCACCACCGGAUUCGAAGACCUGCCGAGUGUGCGACAUCACAUCUCAGCAAAUAUACUUGAAUGGGUGGAUGUGUCUGCAGCCUGCCUGUGCUGCAUUUUGGAAGAUCACUGCUUCCGAUCCCGACUUCAUGCCCUACGAACCUGUCGAAGCAAACCUCGUCUACGAUCCCCGCUUUCUCAAGCAGAAGAUCUCAUGGCCCAACGACGAUCACGACUACCCGCUCACGUCCAACAAUGCCGAGCUCUCUGGACACUCCAUCCCCGGCGAAGACACGUCGCAGGCCUUCUGGCUCGGCAUAGUCUGCCCCUUAUGUGGACGCUGCAACUCACGUCUCGCCUGGACGGGUUGGGAAUGCUUGAACCCAACAUGCACCUUUGUGAAGCGCCCACCACACACACUGAUCUCUGCAUUGUCUCUCCGCGAGCCUCUCUGGCCCCUGACAUCCACCUACACACUCUCUCGCGACACCCACUCCCCCUCCGUCGCAGCGCGCGUCUCCUUCGCCCAUGGAUACCGCAUAAUACGGUACACGAUCCCCGGCAUCGAAGGCUUCAUCACCCACAUGAUCGCCAACAAGACCAUCAACGAGGAACCCGGCGGUCCAGACGACAUGUUCGAAGACCUGCAAAAGCACGACAUUGGUCUCCGCCGCCGCGCCCUGCCAAACACCCAACUAAAAGGCGACUCCUACUGCCGGCACUUCGCCGUCAACUACGGCAUGCCCUACAAAUUCAUCGCCGCCACAGCCUCGCACCCCUUCUCCACCGCCGCCCGUCCCAUCACCGCAACCCGCAGCAGACUAAACUGGGCGGCCAAGUACCUCUUCACGCAGGAAACAGGACGCACCAUGGCACACGUCAGCAGCUCGUGGAAGGCGACAGAAUUCAACGAAGUCCUCGCCCUGGGCUACUUUGAGGCUCAGAAAAUCAACUACCACGACGACGGCGAACACGGCCUCGGCCCAACGAUCGCUACCCUCUCCCUCGGCGCACCGGGCACAAUGCGCAUCCGCCUCAAAGCGCGCCAUCACAACGGCGUCUCGGCCGGCGCGGGCGUCUACGACGACACCCCGCCGCUCCCCUCGUCCGCACACUACGCAGCCCGGCUUGCCCUCCAGCCCGGCCUCGCGGCUCUCAAGGCGUCAGAUGCGAAGGCGUACCGUGCGCGCUUGAAGCAGAUUCCUAGGGAGCUCGGGCUGAAGAGCGGCGGCAAUGCGAAGGAGGCGCUGAAGAUGGAGUUGGGGCAUGGGGAUGUCGUGGUCAUGCAUGGGGCGGCGCUGCAGAGGUACUAUGAGCAUGCUGUUGAGCAUCAGGGGAAGCUGAGGUUUGCGCUUACGUGUCGGUUUAUUGAGCCGGGGAGUUUGGCGGAGGCGGAUCGGCCGGGGUAUGUUGUUGGGGGGGAUGAGGGGGGGUAUGAUGGC